AGGCCCUGUAGCGCCAACCUGCUGAACCACGCCUUGGAACAGACGCCAUGGCUGAAGUCUUGCCCAAGCUGGGUCGUGACAUUGCCCUGGAGGUGAAGAUCCUGAAGUACGAGAUGGUGGACAACGCUCCAGAUGCUUCAGGUCUUGCCAAGGGAUUGGAAGCUCUCAAGGCACGCGUAUCCUUAGCAAAGUCUGGGCAGCACGUGGAGUACCUCCUGCAGGUGCGCCGUGAUGGCUCAACCUGGACGCUGCGCCGCCGCUUUCAGCAGGUGUCCUUAAUGCAUGAGAGCCUUCGCAGGCACGUCGCUUCCUUGCCAGAGCUGCCAGCCAAAUCAGUUGUUCGCCAGUUCAGUUCAGACUACCUGGAGUCCAGGAAGAAUGCGCUUGCCGCCUACCUGAAUCAGCUGGCUGAACGCAGAGACGUUCUGAACGCUGCGGCAGCACAGGAUUUUUUCGGUUUGCUUGAAAGAGAACCCAGCCUGCAGAUGAGGAGUAGGUGCGACCCCUUCUUGGCCGCAGAGGUUCAGGAGGUCACGUUUGGCAUCACUAGCUUUGUCACUGACCCCAGCCGCGGCCUACUCCUGUUGGGUGCCUCUGACUGCAACUGGGUCUCCAAGCUCGACACGAAGAUCACCAACAUCAAGCUGCCGUGGGAGCCGUCUGCACCAGAGCUGCCCAGCUCGCAGAUGACCUUGUGGAAAGAGUUGGCACCGGGAUCGCAGAGCUACCAGGUUCAGUUUUGCUGCCGCUUUGGCCCAGCGCUCUCGUCAGUGGCUCUGGUCAAAGGCGACGGCGCUUGCGCCUUGUGCGGCCUCAGCGACGGCUCCGUUGGUGUGCAAAAGCUUUCCGCGCCUGGCGGAGUCUCCAGAGGUGCGACCUUACCGCUGUUAAAGCACACGGCGGCGGUCUCAGCCUUGGCAGUGGACGAGAAGGAGCGGUGGCUCUUUUCGGCGAGCAAGGACAACGCGGUCAAGGUCUACGACCUGGUGAGGCGAGGGGCGGCGUUCCUGCGUGGUUUUGCUGGACAGCAGAUGGUGCAAUGCGAGACGCACGCGCCGACGCCAGUCACGACCAUGCUAUUUGACGAGGCGCAGCGGCGACUCUUCACAGGUCUUCAGAGUGGCGUGAUCAUCGUUUGGGAUACCUCCAUCCUUCCGCUGAAGGUCAUGUGCAGCAUCCCUGACACCACGCAAGCACUCUCCAGGAUCACAGGCAUGGACUACGAGGCUGGCUCCGGCACGCUCUUCUCCUCUGGCAAGGACAUGCUGGGCGUGUGGAAGCUAAAAUCCGCAAGCAGCGGCAGCUGGGGCCGCAGCGUGGGCUCCAUCAGCGCGCAGAACGUGUGCACGGGCGUUGCUUGGGCCGCCUCUUCCCGGGAGCUGCUGGUGAGCUUGGCCACUGGAGCCAUCGUGGCCUUUGCUUUGGCCGACGGUACUGCUGGACCAAGCUACUCAUGGCAGGCGCACGAGGAUGAGAUCACGCACAUGCAGUGGGAUGAUGCCCAGCGUUGCCUCAUCACCGCCUCCAAGGACAAGAAGCUGCGGAUUUGGCACUUCUUCGCCCCUGGCCGGCCAGAGCCAAGCCCCAUUGCCACCGCAGUCAUCAGCACUGCGCCGAGCCUUCUUCCUGCGCGUCGCGGCGCCGCUUCACAGAUGGAAGGUGUGCCGGUGCGGCAGACUCCCACGGUUUCACCGCCCAGUGCAACCCCAAGCUAUAGCUAUCCCGCGAGCCACGGGCCGGUGACCGUGCCGGUGGCCGCGCCGGUAGCCGCGCCGGGUUGCCAAGGAGACGACUCAGAAGACGACCUCACUGGCUGGGACAGAUGAACAUCCGAGGCCAGCUGCCAGUGACGCCGACAGUUUCACACAUCCUCGCGAAGUGAAAAGGGUCAGCGCGCACAGUUUGGGA